AUGUAUUUCCGCUUCCUUUCGGCCUCGUUGUAUUUGGUUGGACCAGCUUGUUGCGGGGAGGGCGGGGGAAGAUUGUUUGCAGCUGAGAUCCGCGCACGGGAAGGUAAACUGAGCUCCUCAGAGACUCUUAGCCAGCAGCCUCUGCUCAGGCCCAGCCUUCUCUCUCCAGUUGCCACCACAGCCUGGAGGCGCCUGCCUCCGCCCUCCCGAAUGGUGCUCCUCCUCGCAGGCCUCGGCCCAGGAUCCAGGCCCCCUUUGCCCCCCGCCUCGGAGCUAUUGCUCCGGGUUUCUCCUGGUGGACUCCCUGUGACGGGGAGGGAAGGACUUUUGCAUAUACAAAGCUAUAGCUCUUGGGACCCCACUGGCCACUUGAAUCUCCGCCUCUAA